AUGGGAAUCGAAUACGUACGAAACAGUCUCAACAUACUUAGGAAAACCUCUUCCUCGUCGACCACUCAGCGCGUCAUCAGGGAUCUGAAGCCGUACGUGGACGCGUACGCUACUGCCAUUCUGCGCCUGCUACUCCUCUACAUCGAAGAGAUAUUUUCCCAUGCGCGCGAGGCGACUCGCGGUAUGGCGGUGGGCGCAAGGACGGCAGCCAAGAUUACGGCGGUCAUGCUAGUAUCCCUGUGCAACUACGCGGCGGUGCGCGUAAAGUUUUCGCAAAACAACAAGCCACAGGACGUCAUCAACCUCCUGGUCGAAGAGAGCAACAGGUUGUACACGAGUAACGUCGAGAACGGAGUGUACCGCUGCGACACCGACUACAUGACGCUCCGGACCGUCAUGCCGGCCGAGCGGGUCACGGACGACGUCAACAUCAUCGAUCCGGCCAUCUCUACGACGCUGCGUGACCACAACGAGCUCAUCAUGAAGAGUUCCGACACGAUCCCCGUGCCGCGUACCAACCACUACGUGCUAGCCCUGCAGAAGGAGAAGGCGCCGGCCACCGAGGUGUCGGUCCUUAACAUCGCCUCCAUCAUAGAACAGUGCAUGAGCAACGGGCGCGUGGACUCUCGCUUCGUCGAAGUGCACAAACAGUCGGACCAGGGCACGCAGGAGCUCAACAAAUUUUACAGCCAGGCCUGUUGCGUCUCGCCCCGUAACCUCGGUCUGUUUCUACAGUGCCUAAACUUUGAGAUGAUGGACUCGGACAUGUUUGGGGCCACCUUACAGUGCCUCAAGAUGACCAAGGGCAUACCCACUCCGCGCCAGGAAGAAAUUGCCACCUACUCAAACACGGCGCUAUUUCGGAUGGCCACCAACCUGUUUUAUCACACGCGUUUCUGCAGGAGCUACCGCGGCGAAAACACCUACCUGUACGACUCGCGCUUCUUUAACGACUUUGUACUCUGGGUCCAGUCGCCCAACUGUCUGGAACACCACAUCUCGCCUAGCGUGUCGUCGUCCAUCAUCUCGUGGUGCACGUCCAUGUCUACUGCCAUGCACACUACGCGCGACGCCAACGGAGCGAAGUGCGCCAUGGCGGCCAUAUCCACGUGCGAGGUGGACCAACGCGUACUAGCCGACUUUUUGAACAUGUUCAUCAAGCUCUUUAUCGAGGACGAGACCGAGAUUAGCGUCAUCAACAAGAAAUUUCUCGAGAAGGAACUACUCGAGGCUUUUGCCUCCGUGUCUAAUUGCUACAACCUGUUUAGGGGGCAGUUUGUUUCGGCGACGGCCUUGCGCCUCUUCCUAGCCCGUUGUAGGUGGUCCGUGGCCGACGACGUGGAAGUCAUCGUUCCGGUCGAAACAAAGUUUCUCAACAGACUGAUAUGCGACAGCGACGACCUGUUGUCCAACUCGAUGCGAGACAAGCUCCGUAAAACCAUGGAAGACGUCUCCACGAUGAUGGCGCCGCUACUCUCCAAUCCAUCCACGUCCGCGCCUCACAGCAAGGACGACGACAGCAACGUGCCCAUAUGCAUUUGA